AUGCCCGAAUUACCUGAAGUGGAAACUACACGUCGUCAAAUUUCUGAAGAAUUUAUCUUGGCAAGACGCGGCGGGUCUUCUGCACCGACUGCGUCAACGUCAGCGCCCGCUGCUGCGUCCGAGUCCGGAGAUUUGCAGCGGGAAGUUUUUGUCUCUGAAGGUUUCGAGCCCGGCGAUUUAGAUUCGGAGACGGGGGCCGGGCCGGUUCUACGAUCUGUAGAAUGCGUUUGCGCAUCUUUGCGGAGCGCGGUACCGUCGGACUUGGACACGGAGUUGGCGGGGAGUCGGUUGGUGCGCGUGUUGCGUCGCGGGAAGUACUUGGUGCUCAUCUUCCGCCGGGCUCAAGCCGACCGAGAUCCCCCACCGCCCUUGUUGGUGCACCUGGGGAUGUCAGGAUGGAUGUGUGCCUAUGUCGCGGACAAAAAGUUACCGAAACAUUCACAUGUUGUUUUUAAUUGGUCGGAUAGGCGACGUCUAGUCUACAACGAUGCACGCCGCUUCGGAACUGUGGAUUGGUGUCGGAGUAAGAAGAGUUCCAAACAAACUACCCACCAAUGGCAGACCGACUUCCGACUCAGACACUUGGGCCCGGAACCUUUCUCAAUGGGCCCGGAACCUUUCUCAAUGGGCCCGGAACCUUUCUCAGUCCCUGUCAACGCCCUGCCCUCUGCCGACGCCCUGCCCUCUGACGACGCUCCGGUGGCAUUUACGGUAGAUUACAUGUGUGAACGAGCGCGUGGUAAAAGGGUGGCGGUAAAGAAGUUUCUGAUGGACAGCCGCGUGGUGGUGGGGGUGGGGAACAUUUACGCUGCGGAAGCUCUGUUCGCAGCGCGCCUACGUCCUGACACGCGGGUGUGCGAUCUGUCGCGCUCGCACUGGGAAAUUAUAGUCCAGAGCGUGCGCGACGUGUUGACUCGCGCCAUCGCGGCCAAGGGCACUACCUUCCGCGACUUCAAAAGCGGACAGGGGGAACCCGGCUACUUCCUCGGCAACCUCCAAGUCUAUGGCCGCGCCGGCAAGGGCUGCCUCCGAUGCGACCGGCCACUCACCAACCUCAAACUCGGCGGUCGCCAAACCGUCUGCUGCCUCGCCUGCCAACGGCUUAUCCUGCCGCCAAAUGCCGACGACGAACCCACCACCACCACCACCUCAGAAGGCGACAACAACGACGACGACAACGACUAA